CACAACAACGGCGCACUACAAGCUUCACACCUGGCAGGGCUGUGCUUCGUUUGUGUCUGACUUCCUGUCACUGGAGCCCUUGGAUCCACCUACAGAGCUGCCCAGCCGGCUGUUCUCCUCCUCAUCUGUGCUGCUCAGUCAGAAGGCCAACACUUUUGAGUUCUCCUCCCUGCUGUGCAGCCUGCUGCUCGGCGUCAACUACGACGCGUACUGCGUCAGCGGCUACGCCACCAGAGAGAAAUGCCUGCAGGACCAGAGCCUGCAGCCAUGUCCCCUGCUGGAUACUGAGGACAAGAGAGAACGGAGCGACACCUCUGACCAGGAGCAAAUGGUGAAAAAAUACACAGUGAGAAGACCCAGAGAGCUGAGGAGUCGCUUUUUACUCCAGCAGGAGGAGAAGGAGAAACAGGAGGCUGAGGCUGCACUGGCUCUCAAGCAGAAACUACAGGAGGGAGAAGCAGCCCAGAGUUUUUGAGAUGCCAAGAUCCUGGGUCAGUAAUAUCUCCCUCUCCAAAGAUUGGAAGAAGCUCUAUCCUGCAGGAAGAAAAGUGACCCUGUACAAAAAAGCUAAGCUGGAGAAGUUUUCACCAUGUGUGAAUGCAGACGGGCUUGUGACCAGGUUAACUACAUACAAAGACACGAACUACUCUGAGGUGGCCACGGUGAAGGAGUGGUACAAAUACAGAAGCGACAGCCUGGAGGAAAAAGACAUCAACCAGCUGGAAAACAUCACAUCUGAACGCUUCAGGCCUGGAAGAUCCCUCCACCUUUUAU